AUGACUGUGAACAUAACCUCCAUCAAAACAUCCUCCAAUGGAAUCUGGCAAGGCGAUAAUCCCCUCGAUUACGCUUUCCCUCUUCUCAUUGUUCAAACCGUCUUAGUCCUCGUUGUUUCUCGCUCCCUCGCUCUCCUCUUCAAACCCCUCCGCCAACCAAAAGUCAUCGCCGAAAUUGUCGGUGGAAUUCUGUUAGGUCCAUCGGCGUUGGGAAGAAACACAAACUACCUGCACCGUAUAUUCCCGGCAUGGAGUACUCCAACGCUAGAAUCAGUUGCAAGUAUUGGAUUAUUGUUCUUUCUCUUCCUCGUUGGACUUGAGUUAGAUCUAAACUCUAUUCGGAGAAGCGGUAAAAAAGCAUUCAGUAUAGCAGCUUUCGGAAUUUCCGUUCCUUUCAUCUGUGGAAUCGGCGUCGCCAUUGUCCUCCGGAAAACCGUCGACGGCGCAGACAAAGUCGGAUUCGGUCAAUUCCUCGUCUUCAUGGGAGUCGCUUUAUCAAUAACCGCAUUUCCCGUUUUAGCGCGAAUCCUCGCCGAACUCAAACUCCUCACGACGCGCGUGGGCGAAACCGCGAUGGCAGCAGCCGCAUUCAACGACUUAGCCGCGUGGAUUCUACUCGCUCUGGCGAUCGCGUUAGCCGGAAGUGGAGCCGACGGAGGAAAAAGUAAAAGUCCUCUUGUUUCCAUUUGGGUACUUCUCUCCGGCGUCGCUUUCGUUGCCUUUAUGAUGCUUGUUAUAGGUCCUGUGAUGAAGCGCGUGGCUCAAAGAUGCUCCGCGGAAAACGAAGCCGUGAACGAAGUUUAUAUUUGUAUUACCCUAGCUGGUGUAAUGGUUUCAGGAUUCAUAACUGAUUUCAUAGGGAUUCACUCGAUUUUUGGAGCGUUUGUUUUUGGGUUGACGAUUCCGAAAACUGGGAAUUUUGCUGAGAGGUUGAUAGAGAGAAUUGAGGAUUUUGUUUUGGGAUUGCUUCUACCACUUUACUUUGCUUCGAGUGGGUUGAAAACGAAUGUGACGAAAAUUAGCGGCGGAAAAGCGUGGGGGUUGUUGGUUUUGGUGAUUUCAACCGCUUGUGCAGGAAAGAUUUUAGGAACUUUUGUUGUUGCUAUGAUGUGCAGGAUUCCCGUUAGAGAAUCAAUUACACUUGGAGUUCUCAUGAACACAAAAGGUCUUGUUGAACUCAUUGUACUCAACAUUGGAAAAGAGAAAAAGGUUUUGAAUGACGAAAUAUUUGCAAUAUUAGUGCUUAUGGCUCUAUUUACCACCUUCAUCACAACCCCAGUAGUGAUGGCCAUCUAUAAACCAGCUCGAGGCAUCGCAGACAAAACUAUUCGCAAGCUAGGUGACAUGUCCACACACUCUUCUAAAGACAAAAACGUGGUGGAAACUCUUCGUGUCCUAGCUUGCAUCCAUGGUCCAACCAACAUUCCCGCCAUCAUAAACCUCAUUGAAUCAACACGUAGCACCAAAAACUCCCUCCUCAAAGUCUUCAUCAUGCACCUUGUUGAGCUCACAGAACGUUCAUCUUCCAUCAUCAUGGUUCAACGAGCUCGCAAAAACGGUUUUCCUUUCUUCAACCGGUUUAACCGCGAUGAAUGGUACAACCGUCUUGCUGGGGCUUUUCAGGCCUAUAGUCAAUUAGGCCGGGUUAUGGUCCGGUCAACUACAGCAAUCUCUUCUCUAUCCACAAUGCAUGAAGAUGUUUGCCAUGUAGCAGAGGAAAAGAAAGUGACAAUGAUCAUAUUACCUUUCCAUAAACAUUGGAGGAUGGAAGUUGAUGAAGAGAAUGACAAGGAGUCUCAUGAGGUGAUUGAGAAUGCUGGGCAUGAAUGGAGAGGUGUGAACCAAAGGGUACUUAAAAAUGCUCCUUGCUCAGUUGGUGUGCUUGUGGAUAGAGGAUAUGGGCAUGGCUCAAAGAACUUGGGCUCAGAAGGUACUGUGACACAAAGAAUAUGCAUUGUAUUCUUCGGCGGGCCUGAUGAUCGCGAGGCAUUAGAGCUGGGAAAGAAAAUGACUGAGCAUCCAGCAGUUGAAGUAACCAUUGUAAGGUUCGUUGAGCAAGAUGCGGAAAGUGGUAAUAACUUUGUUUUGCGCCAAUCACCUGGAAAAAGUGCUGAUGACAGCUAUAGCUUCGCCAUAACAAAAAUGAACCGACAAAAAGAACUGGAGUUGGAUGAAAAAGCAAUGGAAGAGUUUAGAAGCAAGUGCGGUGAAAAAGUAAAGUAUAUUGAGAAAGGUAGUGGCAACGUUGUGGAGGAGGUAGUAGCAUUAGGAGAAAGUGUUGAUUAUGAUCUCAUAAUUGUCGGGAAGGGCCGGUUUCCAUCGACUAUGGUGGCGGAAUUAGCAGAGAGGCCAGCAGAGCAUGCAGAGUUAGGUCCCAUAGGAGACAUUCUAACAUCCUCAACAACAGGUCACAAGAUGGUGUCAUCAGUACUUGUUCUUCAACAACAUGAUGUGGCAAUAACAGAGGAUGCACCAAUGUACAAGGUUAAGGUGCAUGAUGAGAAUGUUGCAGAGGUUUCAUCUGCAAGGCAUGAGAUAACUAUUGCAAAUGCAGUGUAA